AUGUUUGUUUUGUUGUUAGCUGUCGUCACGACGUUAGGUGUAAAUGUUUCCGGCAAGUUGUACGUGUGUGGGACUGGAUUUUGUUAUGGUCACGGCACCAAAGUAUUCCUGUCAGGUGUUAACAUGGCGUGGGAUCAGUACGGACAUGACUUCGGCAAGCACCAGUAUAACACCCAUCACAAGUCCAUGUAUGAAUCCAUAGCCAGGAGAGUGGCGGCAGCUGGAGGAAACUCGAUUCGGGUAUGGGUCCACACAGAAGGACAAAUUUCCCCGAAGUUCGAUAGUCGGGGAAUGGUGACGGAUACAGACGACGGUCAUUCUCUCAUAUCAGAGUUACAAAGCUACAUCCGGUUUGCUCGCACGCAGAAUUUGUUUGUCUUCUUGUGUCUUUGGAAUGGUGCACUAAAGCAAGCCGGGAACGAGCGUCUGCAAGGCCUGAUAACGAGUACCACCAAACUCCAGUCCUAUAUCGACCACGCCCUUGUCCCGAUGGUCAAUGCACUGAAAAACGAGCCUAACCUCGGAGGCUGGGAUAUUAUGAACGAGCCAGAGGGUGAGAUUAUUGUGGGUCACCAGGACACGCACCAGCCCUGUUACGACACCAGAUUCCUUCAUAAUUCAGGGGCGGGAUGGGUUCAACAGAUGUACACAGCAAAGCAGAUUCAAAGGUUUGUGAACUGGCAGGCUAAUGCUAUCCGACAACACGACCAGUACGCGCUCGUCACUGUCGGAUCCUGGAAUCCCAAGUCCAACACAGGAAGCUUCAACAUGCGGAAUCUUUACAGUGACCACUGUCUUGUUACAGCUGGCGGCAAGUCUAACGGAAAGCUGAAUUUCUUCUCCACUCACACUUACAGCAGUAAAGGCUCCCACAAAACGUACGACUCGGUAGCACCGUUCCGGCACAACGCCAGUGUCUAUGGUCUGAACCGUCCGUUGGUGGUGGCGGAGUUCAAUCAGGUGCUGGGCGGAGGCUGGACUAUCGACGGCCAAUUUCCCUACCUAUACACGCACGGGUACGCAGGGGCAUGGAGCUGGCACGCACGCGCUAAUGGCGAGUACACGGACACACUCGCUACUCAGGAGAAGGGUCUGCGGUCAAUUUCUGGGCGAACAAGUCAUGGCCACAUCCGUAUCCAAAUAUAA